CGCUGGAGCGAUGAAAUUACAGUGGCGGAUUUCCAUUCCUGUUACCGGGCGAUGUGAGUUGUGCCAUGUGAACAAAGCAAGGAGUCGAAUAAUGGGUUCUGCCGAUGCAUGCAACGGCAUCAAGUGUAAAACAAAAAACUCUGUCCUCAAACCGGACAUCGAUCCACCUAGCAUUUUCCACGAGCUGCUCGAAGCAUUCACUGGAGUCCGUGGUUCGGUUUGCGCGUAACUCUCUGGGCGGCAGCGUUACCAUAUCUUGUCUGCUUUUCCCGAAUUUUGCCGGCUCGUCACCCGCGAUGCCAGACGUUCCUCCCUCGAGUUGUCAAUGGUGUGAAAACUGUAUCCCAAAGCUGCGCAUCUAAAAAGCUCAGUGGCAGCCUGAAGUUGCUGCGAUUGGGGCAGCUGUGAAGCUGGUGUCUACCACGAUUCUGUCUGAACUUCAGCGCCAGUGAAAAGCAUCGCAGGGUCAGAGCAGCCCUUCAAACUUGCCGGUAUAAAGUCUUCCCGAGGCAUCGGCGAGAACUGAUUCGCAAUGUCUCGUCUGUCCGCGCUGCACGCAGGGUGGCGUCGACUGCUUUCUCAACAUCGGAGAAGACUCCAAACACUCAAAAAACGAGCGCAGCAUCGACUCGCUGCGCUUAAACACACUCCAGGAAAAACGCUCCGGCGGUUCGUAGCCAGGAUUCGUUUUUUUUGCCGUCUGGUAUCGGAGGUCACCGAGUUCACGAAAGUGCGAGCCUCGCCACACAGACGCGUGAAUUAUGAAAUUUUGGAAAGUUCCCCAGUGCAUGCUAAACGUACUCGUCGACUGGUUUUCUCGGCUCUUUGCGUUCUCUGCGAGAAGCUGCCUCGGACAUGAAACAGUCUCUUCCAGAAACCCCCCUUCUGACUCCGAGGUAGUCUGUACCUGAGCCAGCCGCACUCCGGGGGGUACGGGACUUCCGCGCCUUUCGGCUUGCCUUGGAACUUCACACGACUAAAAGGCACUGUCGACCACAAAGAAGAAACCUGUGCUUUUUCCUCCACGGCUUGGGUCCACAACUUCCCUGGGACGGCUGCGCUGGAGGCGCGGAAGAAGACGGAGAGCGCAAGAACGCAUGACCGUGUCGUGUGGCGCCGCACAGUUGGCCAGCCAGCACGCAAAAGAGUCGAGAGCCCUCAAUCUUUUCUGGCGGGACGGAGGCCGUUUGCGGCUUGAUUCCGAAUCGAAGCAACUCACAUUAGACAACGGAGAAGCUCUUGGAACGAGAACGCCCGCGAAAGUGGAGAGUUUUCUACUUUUCCGGCACCUUGCGGCCGCACGGUGCCACCAGUCGAGAGCACCUCGCAAUCGCGCGUCCCUUUUGUGCGCACAACGGUUUCUACGAGACGACCACCGGUGGACUGGCAGCUGCGUGGCUCUCUUGUCUUGCAACGUUUCGUGCGAAUUCUCCGCGAAAAAACGAGAAAGGUGCCGGCGGGUCUUUACCGAGUCUCUGGGGGGUUCCGCUGGAGAACGCCGAGCCGGUUCCGCUGCGUUUUUCCCGCCGCGUUUAGGGGAACCUUUCGUCGCACAAGCUGCGUCAGCUGCUCGUGCAGCGAUCUGCAACUGUCGCAGCAUCGGUUUGAAGAAUCACUGCACAUUUCAGCAGCCGCCGACCUUCUUUGGUCGCAAAUUUUCACGAACCGCUUUCGGAAGCCGCCCAUCUUUGCGUUUUUCCCGCUUCUUCUUCCACUGUCGUCGCCGCCCUUGUCGAUUUCCAGCGCUGAAGACGCCUGGACGGCCUUCCAGCGACUUUUUACUCCGGGCGCGGCGGCGCAGCAGCUCAAAGCGCUCGGGUGUACAUACACCUCAGAAACUGCGCCUGUGGCUGGACUGAAUCUUCAACUCAUCUUGAUUUCAGGAGCGAGUUCCCUUUCACGAGAUUCUCCGUUCGCCGCCGCUUGCGGGGUCGCCUUCCGUGGUCUCGAUAUGGCUAGGAGCAAGGCAACGCCACAGAGGCCGCUUUGAGAACCUCCUUCCCAUGCUCUUUCGUCUCAGUUUCUUCCUCCGCCUUCCCCUCCAACACUCCCUGACCUCCCCUUGACCGUGGGCUCUCCGCGUUCCUCGUCUUCGCUCUUCUCUUCCGUACCACCCCGCUUCCUUCAGGCACCGCUCUCUCUUCCGGUUCGACGCACAUUUCGGUUUCUCGGUCCGUGAGCUCUGCUCCGGAAAUCCGAUCAACUCUCUGGUGACCUUCAAUGCAUGCGCGAAUCCUCUCACUGCCUGCAUGCUUUUUGAUGUCCGUGUUCGUCCUUCUCUGUCUCUAACUCGCCGAAGCCUCGCCCUGCUCUACUCUCGCACCGCCUCCUCUCUUCCGGUUCUCCAAAAUGGAUUUUUCCUCCAUGCCUCCCGAGGACUUCCGCCGGCUGCAGGAGGAGCAGCGACGCCUAUGGCGUGAACACGAAGUCCGUCAACAGGAACGGCGACGUCAAGAACUGGCCUUUUCUUCUUCUUCUUCUUCCGCCUCUGUCUCCGCUGCAUCUUCCUCCACCACACGACCUCGAACUUCUCGUCUCCCUCCUCAGCCUCCUUCCUCCCCCUCUUCUCCUUCCUCCCCAUCUUCUCCUUCCUCUUCUUCUCUCUCCUCUUCUUCUCUCUCUUCUUCUUCUCUCUCCUCUUCUUCUCUCUCCUCUUCUUCUCUCUCCUCUUCUUCUCUCUCCUCUUCUUCUGCGUUGCCUGCACACCCCUCCCGCCGUCUGCCGCGUCCGUCAGAAGCGGAACGUCAACGAGAGGCUGUGAUGACGAUCGUUGCGUUGCCAAACGGGCGUCGGUUGAGGCGACAGCUGCAGCCUGGGGAGUCUGCUCGAGCGCUGUGGCAUCGCGGCCGCGAAGCCCAGAGCUCCGAAGUGUCUCCAGGGCACCCCCGCGUCGUCCACACAGAGGCCGCGCGCCGUUCGCGGAGUCUCAACAGCGGGCGGCAGCAGCGCCGGGACCAUGCGCCUGCAGAGGAACUACCGGCGUUUCUCCUGCCUUUUGCCUCUGCCUCCACGGCCUCUCGAUCCGCAGCAGCCGCAGCCCUCGCAGCGCGCCGCUUCCUGCGGCAGCCGCAGCAACGCCAGCGCCUGCAGAGACAGCUGGCGACUCUCGGCGCGUCUGCGUCGCUGGCCUCUUCCUCGGCUGUCGAUGCGCUGCAGCGCGGCCUCUCGCCGCUGCUCCUCUCCUCCGACGGGGCCAUCUCCAGUCUGGUGUACCUGCUGCACUCGGCUGGCGGCGCUGUCGGACUUCUCCCGGGAGAGAACGACCCAGGAGACGUCCGACCGCAGCUGCAGGAGCAGGCGUUGCGUUUGUUGCGGAAUCGCAAAGUCGCUCGCGUCCAGGUGGUUCCUGGGACAGCUGGCCUCUUUGGGGUGGGCGAGAGAAAAGCGAAAACGGUGACGACUUUCUACACAGAGGAAGACUUCAAGUGUCCUGUUUGCUUCGAGCUGCUCCUCAGACCCGUCGUGACGCCCUGCCUUCACGUUUUUUGCCGCGACUGCAUGCUCGCUGUCUUGCUGCGGACGAGCAUGUGCCCUCUCUGUCGAGGUCCGGUGUACGCAGAGCAACUCGAGCCUGUCGAGGAGUCUUCGAGCGAGAAAAUUGUCGACUUUUCUCUCAACUACAACCUCCUCCCGGUCACCUGCACGCAGUGCUACUGGCAAGGCCCUCUCUCUUCGUGGACCAGCAACCACAACGCCCGCCGCUGUCGACGAAUAGCCAGACAUCUCAGACGCACCGAUCCCAUCGAGAAACACUGUUCGUCAUCUUCUGCGUCUGCGGCCUCUUCGCCGCCGGCUGCACACCGCCACCCGACGGAGGUGGAGAGGAGAAGACAGGCCGAGCGUCAAGCGCGCGACGCAUUCUUCCGUCCCCCCGGUCAGGCUCCAGGCAGCCAGAGGCUCGCGGAGCCCAGCGGCGAGUCGGAGACGUCCUCGGGGAUGCGCGAGGAAGAAGCGUCGGACCGGGGACGCGAGCCGGCGGCGCGCCUGCUGCGCGUUCAGCAUGCGCAAGAGCAGAGACAGUUGCGGAGACAGAAUGAGGCGCUGGAGCGCGAAGAGCGGCGAGACCGAGAAGAGCGGCAGGCGGCCGUGGGCGAGACACCGGGAACAUCUGACUCGCGAGUUUCGGAGUCUUCUCAGAUCGAGGGGAUGGAAGAAUUGAUUGCCUUUCUUCGCGCGCAUCUCCACGACGGGAGCGAGGCGAGUUCGGAAGCCGAAGAAUCCGUUUGCGGCUCUGAUCGGAGACCCUGUCGCCUCCGACCCGACGCUCAGGGGGCCUUCCCUGUCGCCUUCGGAGUGUGUACGCGGCUCUGCAUCAUCACGCACCGGAUGGAGAACACAGCGGGCGCGGUCGGCGGCUUCUUCUUCGGCAGUGGCACCUUCGCUCAUGUGCAGGCCGUCCUCGAAUUCCGCCCCAGUCCCGACGAAAAAGCGCAGGCCGAGAAACGGCGCGCCAGACGCGCGAAACAACGCGCUGCAGACUCCGCAGAGGCCUGCAGAAACGCACAGCAGAGCGGCUUCGCGAGCUGGUUUCCUGGCGGCGCGGAUGGAGACCCACCGGACAGGGCGGCAGGCGGCGACGGCGAGGUUUCAAGCGACUCGGAGGCUGAGUCUUCGCGGGCGCAGGUCUCGUUCUUGUCGCUCGAGUGGCUUGGGGAAGGCCGGGGCAGAAUGGACUGGCGAGUGUCUCGAGCGUUCCCCGCGUUCCGGUCGUCAGCGAUCAAAAUGUUUGUCUAUCGCACUGAGGAUGCGUGCGAAAGGUCUGCCUCCGCGAUCGCCGACGGCGCCCGAGCCUUCUCGAGUUCCUCGCCUUGUCAACUUCCGAUGGGCGCCGCAGCGGCUUCCGGAGCUUCCUCGGAGACCGACGGGGACGUUCGUCCGCCAGCUUUCCUCCUUCCAAGUGGAGAGACGGAGGACGCGGAGAGCUCUCCCGAGAGACAGAGGCUGUCGAGGAGGACUCGAAGCGACGCGGAGGCCGCUCGCAGAGACGGUCGCAGACGGCGGAGAGGCGAGACGCGCGCGGGAGACAGAGCGCGAGUCAAGGCAGAAGAUCUUCAGGUCGUGUAUCUUCCUGGUCGCGUCCUCCUGAGACUUCUGCUCCAAGUUCAGCACCGACCCUACAGAGUCCUUGGCUGGAACUGCAGAGACUUCUGCAAUCUCCUUCUUAACUGCGCAUGCACGCAUCCUUCUCGGCCGCAGCAGAUCGUCCGUGUACCUCGACCCACAGGCGACUGUCCGUCUUUGCGCCAAUUUCUUCGCUCUCUCGAGCAAGACGGGAUGCCGCCCAUAUCUUCCUCGACUCAGUCCUGCUCGCGCGAAAUCAAAGGAACCGGUGUGGCGAUCGAUCCAUCCUUCUCUUCUCCAUCUUCUUCCUCUGCCUCUUCCUCUUCUUCCGCUGCGUCUUCUUCCUCUUCCUCUUCUUCCGCUGCCUCUUCUUCCUCCGCUGCGUCUUCCUCCGCUUCCGGCGCAGAUCGGUUGGAGGGUGAGGCCUGCCUGAGAAGCGGGUCUCCUUCUUCUGGCUAUGCGCCUUCUUCUUCUUCUCCUUCUCUUCCUCCAGCGCCUGCGCCGUCUCCUCCGUCUGCAGUUCGCGAGCGUGCGAGCAGGUCCGGCAGGGCGUCUUUGGUUCGACAUAUGGCGGGCAUGUUCUUUCGCCGGAGGGCGUCUCUGCGUGGAGGAGACAGUCUCUCUCCAUCUCCUUCCGCGGACUCGUCCUCCCCCGCUUCCCCUCGUUCUUCUUCUCAGGCUGCGUCUCUCGCAGCGGUGCCCCCUCGGGUCGGAGGGGAGAGAGACAAGAGGAAGGAGACGAGCGAGAGCCGGACCGGGGAGAAAGAGGAGCGAGAGGAGAAAGAGGAGCGAGAGGAGAAAGAGGAGAAAGAGAAGCCAGAGCAGGGCGAGGAGGCGGAGCGUAGGGACUCGAGAGAAGAAGAUGGAGAGCGCCUCAGUCUGCAUUCAAAGGCAGAGAGAGAUGCUGCAGCGACGGCAGCGUGGUGGAUUGCGAGGCGAUGUGGAGGCUUUGGUGCAGCUGAACGUUUCCCCCGAUUCGAAGUCGGAGUGAAAACGAUCUUCCUCUGUCUCUUCGAUGCCGAGGAUCGAAAUCGAGCAGCUCUCCGCCCCGCUGCGCAGAUGCUCCUCUCCACGGCCCAGUGGUGGCGUUCUCUCUUUGGAACUGAUUCCUCAGAGUCUCUCUCUCGUUCCGUCUUCUCUCCUCUGUCUUCGACUGCCUUCGCUUCCUCCUCUUCUUCCCCUUCUUCCCCCUCUUCCUCCUCUUCUUCCUCUUCUUCUUUCGAGGAGAGACAGCUCCCCCAUUUCCCAGCGCUGGCGAGUCCUCUGCCUUCGCCGAAGCAGCUGAGACUUCGGUACGAGACUCUUCCGGUCUUGCUUCUCGAAUUGCAGUUGAGAGACAGAGAGGCUGCUGCACAGCGAGGCCUGGGCGUCGGGUCUCUGCAGCCUGAUAACAUCGGCUUUCUCUCUCUCGAGUUUCGCAGCGACGUCGGCAUUCAGUGGCACUUCUACAGACAACGCCCCCCGGGACUGGAAGCCGCAGAGAGCGAAGGUGGAACGACGCUCGUUGUGUCUGCUGGUCUCUCGUCGCCGGAGGAUGGAGUUCACUGCUUUGAAGAAAUGCUUCGUCUUCUUGAGGAAAUUCGAGACAAAGAAUACCACCCCACGAAGUGGAGCAGCUGGGACUUCGUGGACAACUUGUUGGUCCGCUGCGCGCCGCAGGAAGCGUCCGCUCUUCUUCUUCUCCCCAUCGCGGAGAGCCAGUAGCUGGGGGGCAGCGAGCUAGGAAAGCGCUAGAUAACAAGACUUCACAGAGGACGGGCAGGAUGGAACAUGCAAGCAUGCGGGAGGCGAGGCGAGCGAAACUCGCGAGUUGACGGAUUGAAUUCGACGGAUCCAAACGCGCAGAAAUCGGUCCGAAAAACGCCAAAGUUCCGACUGUCCUCAAACCGUUCUUUCGGACGCGGAUUUCGUUUUUUCUUCAACGGCGACUGCAACGUUCUCGUCUCGUGCUCACUCCUUCGUCCAGCGCUUCAUUUCGUCGCUUCUGCUUUUUCCUUUUCCUCUCGUUUCCUCUUUUCCUUUUCUCCGAAAGUAGAUGACAGAGGCUCUUCUUCGGAGAGGCCAGGCGGCAUAUGCGGUUGCGAGGAACGUACAGCGAAACCUGAGGAUUCGAGGGCCAUCUGAAAGAAAGUCUCUCUUUCGUUUUGCUUCUGAAGAGGCGGAGACACAACUGUCUUUCAUCGACUUUCCAGGCAGGUGGCGCCGUCCAUCUUCCUCAUGUUUUUUUAACGCGUGCGGGAGAAAAACGUUCAUCGUUGUACACAAAAAAUGUGCAAAAAUCCCUUUCACUGCCAACGGCCUCGCUUCUUUUUCUGAAAAGACGAAACAACGUUUGCCGCGUUUUUGCCCAACUCCGCUUUUUGCCUUCUUCCUCUAUUCCUCUACGCUAGGGAGAAACAACCUCUUGCUUUCCAGUCUGCGCCGACCUGCUCGAAAGUCCCCACACAACCCCCAAACUAUUUCGCAUGCAGUACGGUACACCACCGCCUAGCUUUUCCAGAUAAACUUGCAUCAAUCUACACAUUCCUCUGUAUCUGUAAAAUUAUAAAUCAAUAUAUGUGAUGCGAUCCCUGAACAUUGACAAAAAGAUUUUAACAUCGACAUGGGGAUCGACGA